GAACUCUAGAAGGGAAGACAGGAUUAACACAUAAUUUGAUCACAGCCGUCCGUUAUAUUUCCAAUCCCACCUUUCGCACGUCGGUCUGACCAACAAUUUUCAACCGUCUCAACCCGGAUGUGGUCAUGAAAACGGAUAGAAAUGGAAAAGCAUUUACUUUUAAUCUCUGACUAGACAUCUUACACCAAACCAUCGUUCUGCCGUAACGACUCUGAUCAAUUUAACAAGGCUUUAGCUGCUGUGAGAGUGUUUCCUUAAAGAUAGUGAAGGUUGCACUUCAUGGCAAGGAUAAAGCCACAGGCUCUGUUAAUUCAAAGUAAGAAGAAGAAGGUGCCAAGUCGUAUUAGUGCAACGACAAUAGUUAUUUGCACUUCCAUUGUUGCGUUAAUCAUAUUGCUUUUUACGACUUACAGGCAUUGGUCAAGAAGGUCAAGGGACCAAACAGGGACCGCACAAUCUGUUUUUGAGGACACCAAUGCUUUCAUAGAUUCAAAGAAGUACGACAUUCCUGGUUAUGCUAUUCUGAAUACAUCAAAAGGUCCUGUAGUGGUGAAACUUUUCAAGGAUGGCUCUCCCCAUAUUGUGGACAAGUUCAUUGAUUUGUGUCAAAAAGGGCAUUUUAAGGGGAUGCCUUUUGACCAUGUGAUCAAGAAUUAUGUUAUUCAUGGAGGAAAUUCUGAAGGGCUCGGUGCUGCAGAAGAUUGGACAUCAAAAGGGAAGCUUCAUGGUCAACUUGCCACAAGCCCCAAGCACGAGGCAUUUAUGCUUGGAACUUCAAAAACUGGAGACAAAAAAGUAUUUGAGCUAUACAUUACAACAGCACCUAUACCUGAUUUGACUGAUAAGCUUUUGGUGUUUGGAAGGGUCAUCAAAGGAGAGGAUGUGGUGCAGGAAAUUGAGGAAGUUGAUACAGAUGAACACUAUCAACCCAAGUCUCCUAUAGGAAUCAUUAACGUAACACUGAAACGUGAGGUUUAAGGGUAAUUUUCUAGCUAGUCUAAAGUUUUUCUACCCAGCACAGUGGUUCUGGAAUAGCUUAACGGGCUUGUGACCCAAUUUCUCCAUACAUUUGUUUUCGCUUAACCAUGGAGGUUGUAAAUUCUAGUCCUUCAAUGCAUCUUGCUACGCAGGAGAGGGCAGUUUUUUGGGAGUUUUUAAUCAUUGUGUUGAUAUGGAACGUGGAAGUUUGAUCUUGGAGCCCAGGGAAUGUAAUAUUUAUUUAGUACCUUGUGCUUGUACCGAUCAUUAUGACGUUCUAGACUGUCUUUCCAAGAUUGCCUUACCAUUUCAGAGACUAAUCAUUUUGUUUUUCACUCUGUUAUUUGGAGUUGUUGAUUCUUUGUGAUAGCAAAUAUGAACAUGCGCUCGAGAGUCGAUGGAUAUUUUGAGCUGAAACUUAAAUCUU